AUGGUCCGCGUAAAGCAUCGUUACCUGCUCGUCAACAUUCUAUACCCAGACGACAAUACAUCCUCAGGCGCAACGACAUCAAAGGGCCAGAAAGAUGUACCGUACGCCGUUCAGUUCCACAAACCAACGUCAGACCGAGUCGAUACUAGAAUGUUCAUGCAGAUGAUCCGAAAUGGUGUUGCGGACCUCUUUGGAGACUACGGAUCAGGCAUGACUGCUGCCAGUCUUCAAGUCAAGUACUUCUCGCCCGCAACAAGUACCGCCAUCAUCCGAGUGGCAAGGGACCAUUACCGUCUGGUCUGGGCAGCACUAACGUUUACGACGCAACUGCCCAAGCCUGUCAACCAACCCUGCUCCAUCCAGGUCGUGAGAGUGUCUGGGACUAUCAAGAAAGCCGAGGAAGAAGCUAUUCGCAGAGCUCAGGCUAGUAUUCGCAGAGCCCAACGAAGCGAUAGCUCGAAGCCUUUGAACUCUGCUUCUGGGGCCCCUGCCACGCCUGGAGAGAUGCUGGAUUCUAUGGGUCUUGACGACGACCGAUUUGCCGACGGCAUUGAGGAUGCAGAUGAAGGCAGCGAUGAGGACGACAGCGGAUGA